GCGAGGGCCACUCCCGGCCCUUUAAAAGCUCUGCGGCGCUUCCACUAAGUUGCUGUGAGUGACUGCGAGCGCGCAUCUGCGCUUCGGACCGGUGCGCGCUGUCCUCCCGGGGACACUCGGGACACUCGGGACGCUCGGAUGGACGCAGGGAGGAUCGGCACGUGCGCGGCGAACCAGCAGCGAGAUAUUCUGACUUUUACUGGAACUUCCAGAAGGAGAACAUAUUGACCUUCAAGUAACGGGAAAGAGGAGAAAAAUCCAUACACAGCUGAAACCUGAGUAAUAACACAGUAGCCUUAUCAGGAGAAAUAUUAUCUGGGAAGAUCAUGUCAGCGUGGUUUGCCAGAACAUUUUAAAGUUAACUCUUCGCAAUUUUAUGAAAAUCUAAAUUAUUGCAAAAAAUUCUCCAAGAGUUUUUACUAACAAGGUGUAACAAGAGCUUUAAAUUAUAAUCGUCAUCAAGCGCAUUUGCAUGCGUUACUUUUCUGAGAAUAGUUCGGAGGUGCUUUUCAUCCACACAAUACACCUCUUUUUGCAAGCGUUCAUUAAGCAUAAACAAUGGACUCCGGAGAGGCGGGUGUGUCUGAAAAGAAGAAGAAGUCCGAUGCUAGGCCCAAGUGCGUCCGGAGCUGGAGCGCUGACAGCUACGUGUGGAGCAGCAAGAAAGGAGCCAACCGAAGUAAGACGGGCGUGCGGCAUGCGGAGGGAGACAGGGCAGAAGACUCGGGGGCUCGCUCAGCCUCUUGCCCCAGGAGACGCAGAGAAAGAAAGUGCAGCUGUACGUCCCUCAGCGAGGCAAACUCUGAGCCCCCCUGUCAGAAAGCCCUGUCUCGCCGCUCCCUCCGGCAGAAGUUCCAGGAGGCGGUGGGCCAGUGCUUCCCCAUUCGCACCCACCACCACUGCCACCAUCAGUCUGGAACCUCGCACCCCUUCUCUGUGCUACUCUGGUCCAAGCGCAAGAUCCACGUGUCGGACCUGUCGCAGGAAAAGUGCCACUUCUCCACCACAUCUGAACUAGUGCACUGCUGGCACCUCAUUAAGAAGCAGUCCUCUCCGAACGGUAACACAGCGCGUGUGGAGAGCAGUCACAGAGCCAAAGGUUUCUCUUCCUCUUCUUCUACAUCCAGCCCACCGUUUGCUUCCUGGGAGGAGAUCAGCUGCCGUGGAGGUCAAAGCCCCGGAAACUGGGACUCCUCGUUCCCCCAUGAGGCAGAAGAUCCAUGCUCCCACGCUGACUAUGUCCUCGUGCCGGAUCUGCUCCAGAUCAACAACAGCCCUUGCUACUGGGGUGUUCUAGACCGCUUUGAGGCAGAGGAACUGUUGGAGGGCCAGCCGGAGGGGACCUUCUUGCUCCGUGACUCCGCGCAAGAUGAGUUCCUCUUCUCCGUCAGCUUUCGCCGUUACAGCCGGUCCCUGCAUGCCCGCAUUGAGCAGAACGGGAAGCGCUUUAGCUUCGACGGCAGCGACCCGUGCGUCUACCGAGAUCCCAGCGUCACCGGCCUGCUCAAGCACUACAGCAACCCGGCCACCUGCCUCUUCUUCGAGCCCCUCCUGUCCCGUCCGCUGCCCCGGAACUUUCCGUUCUCACUGCAGCAUUUAUCCCGAGCUGUCAUUUGCAGCUGCACCACAUAUCAGGGCAUCGAAGCGCUGCCCCUGCCGCCGGCCCUCCGGGACUACCUGCGGCAGUACCACUUCAAGUGCAAUGGGGCCUGUGCUGUUUAA